UAUAGAUUCCUUCGCACUCACAAAACAUUCUUAAAUAAAUAUGCAAACUCAAACCCAAAUCCAAUCGUGGAACUUUCAACUGUGAUCAUCAUAACAUCACAAUCAAUUCAUCACUCACCCCAGCAAUGAAAUUUGGGAAAGAGUUCAAGACCCAUUUGGAAGACACCAUCCCUGAGUGGAGGGACAAGUUCCUUUGCUACAAACCAUUGAAGAAGCUUCUCAAACAGAACCUUCCUUCAAUCACUACCGCCAUCACUGAUAUACCCAUCAAUCUCCCUCUUCACCUUCUCCAACAACCCUCUUCGCCACAACUUCUUCAGGCUUGGUUCGUGAGGAUUCUCAAUGAAGAGCUUGAAAAGUUCAAUGAUUUCUAUGUGGACAAAGAGGAAGAGUUUGUUAUUCGCUUCCAGGAGCUGAAGGAGAGAAUUGAGUGUCUUAAAGAAAAAAGCAGCCAGGGUGAAGUGUACACUUCUGACUGUGAAUUCAGUGAAGAAAUGAUGGACAUCAGGAAGGACUUGGUCACCAUCCAUGGAGAGAUGGUGCUCCUCAAAAACUACAGUUCAUUAAACUUUGCAGGACUAGUUAAAAUUUUGAAGAAGUAUGAUAAAAGAACUGGUGGGUUGUUGCGUCUGCCUUUUACACAACUUGUUCUUCGUCAACCUUUUUUCACGACUGAACCUCUCACAAGGUUAGUCCAUGAAUGUGAGGAAAAUCUAGAGCUGCUCUUUCCCCUGCAAGCAGAAGUAAUCCAAUCUACUCCCCCUCCAGAAAAUCAGUCUAGACCACCGGUAGAUAGCGCAACAAAUGCCUUACCUGAGGCAUCCUCAACUCUUGGGGAUGAAACUGUGUACAUAUAUCGUAGCACUCUUGCUGCUAUGAGAGCCAUAAAGGGUCUUCAGAAAGCAAGCUCCACCUCCAAUCCAUUUUCGUUUUCAUCCCUUUUUAGCAACCAAGAUGGUGAUGGUACUGGUGCUGUAACUGCUGAAAACUCUGCCGCAAAUUCUCCAGCUACCUUGCAGAAUGAAGAAAGCGUUGGUAAAGAGGAAACUGAUUCUGUGUAGGAAAAUUUUUCUUUUAUAUCUGCUUCCUGUAUCUUCUUCUGGGUUUCUGUUUCAGCCUUGUUGGUUGAAACUAAAUGAAAUGUAAUCUUUUUGUUCGUAUAUACAAUCAAUAAAUACAAGUCAACUAGUAAGAUGUACUUUCUUUAACAUUUAACUUGGGAAAUAAUACCUGAGCAUUGCCUUUUUCUUA